AUGCUCUGUCGGCGCGGCUCGUGCCGCGUCCCACCAUUAUUUCAGCUUUUGAAACACCGACACAGACGUAGUCACGGCUCCUACGGCGUCGAGCCAGGUCAGCCUCGCGCAUCCUUCUCACGCGCCCUCUCGUUCCACCUCGUCCUCGUCGGCGCGCUACUAUUUUCUCCUUCGCUCCCCCCUUCGCGCACUCACGAAGCGGCUGCUCCGCUCCUAGCGCUAGCGCAAGGUCGCGAGGCGUCGUUUCAGCUAAUCUCGUCGCUUUUCGUUUCCUGGUCCGAGGCGUACGGCCUGGGCGGGAAUUCCACCACCCCCCCCGCGAGAAUCUCUCUCCCUCCGCGCGUGCCCGCUGCGCCGCACCUGGAGGACUGCGCGCGAGUGAGCGCGGAGCGGGAGGCGUGGGAGCGGAGAGGCGGACGGGGAGAGGAACCCGCUUGGACCCGCGGAGCUCCAGGGAAGGGGGAUUCUUCCGCCGCCUCCGCGGGUUGCUCCGCGGGACAGGCCCAGGGGGAGGAGGUCCCGCAACCACCUUGGAUCCGAGGGCAGGAUGCAGCCAAUCUGCCGCUGACACGUGUCGUGCAGAGGGACAUCUGGCGGAAUCAGUUCCCCGCUGGGGAUUGCACCAACAGGCGCCUCCUGGUUGUUGACUGGGCGAAAUCCGCCGCGCAUGGCAUGGGCUCUCAGAUCCACUACAUGAGUGCGAUGCUGAGCCUAGCCAUGCGCAACAACCGCACACUGGUGGAUGAACCCGAGGCCUUCGACCGCGCCAACACCCCCGCCUGCGAAGCUGUGGGUCACAAGAGCCAAUGGGAGUGCUUCUUUUUCUCCAUGGUCUCGCCAGCCUGCCAGAAAGUCUACUUGGAGGCUGUUCAGAAGAGCCGCGACAAGAUCCCGCGUGGGGGGAACGACUUUUCUGAAGUGGCGGCGCGGAACGAUACGAUUGUGUUUGUCGGUUACCCCAACCCUUCGAAGCUCGCCAUGGAAGCUGGCGCUGCAGCGUUGUGGGGUGAUGCCCUUUAUAAGGCGCCCUGCACCGUGCAGAUGGACGGCAGACUAACGAAUCUGACUGAACAUCUGCGCAAGGUGCACUGGUGGCGGGCGCAGGCAGUGCGCUUCCUGCUGCGCUGGCCCUCCACGUACCUCUGCCACGUCUCUAACAGGGAGAGGCACCGCUCGUUUGGCAUGAUCGCAGCCAAUCACGUCGCGCAGUUCCUGCAGACCCAGUCGAAAGCCCUCUCCUUCCUCUCUCGCAGCACUGCCACCGCUUCUGCUGAUGCCGCAGGCAACGGCAAAGUGAAUGCACCUGUCUGGGAAGCACGGAUGCGAGAAGUACUGGAGAAAUUGGCAGCAGCUAAUUCCCCCAUGUUCUUCCAAUUAGACCCCUCUGGUGCUGCUGGUGCUGGUGCUGCCACAGGGAGCAACGGGGACAAAGGCAAGGACGGCAACAGCCCAGUGGGAGUGCAUGAGCCGUACAUGCCGCGGCCUAUAGUGAGCCUGCAUGUAAGGGGUACGGACAAGUAUUCGGAGAUGGGUCUGAGCUCCCUGGCGUCGCAUAUCUUCCACAUGAAUCGCCUCCGCCCACAUGCCCCCGACCUCGGGCAUGUCUGGCUCAACACUGAGACACAGGCCAACAUAGACCGAGCGGCGGAGCACACGACAUGGACGUUCUUCUACUCGUCAAACGCACGGCAGCAGGACAAAGCAGGUUCGCUGCGGCAGUACGAGCGCGACCAGUCGGUGGCGCUGAGCUUAGCCAGUGUGCUGAUCGCUGCGCACGCCCCGCCCGCCGCCGCGUCCUCGUCGCCGUCGCAAUGUCGCACGCUGAUCUUCGACUCGGGCCACGACGGGUUCGGCGACACUGUCUUCGGCCUCGCGUCCACGUUCGCCGUAGCCUUACUCGACGACCGCGCGUUCCUCAUGCGGCAAGAAUGGCUCCCGUACGCGUUCGAACCGGCCACGUUCGACUGGCGCGUGACAGAGGACAUCCCGCUGUCCACCUACUCGCCGCAGAUUAAAGACGAGAACAACCUGCCCAACGCGUCGUACGCGCGGCUUAGUCUCUACAAUAAGAACGUCGAGCCCGAGGAGUAUUUCGGGAAGCUCAAGGCGAUCGCGCACAUCGGGCUGGUGUGGAACCGCGGGAUUCUGUUCAAUUUGCUGACCAAGGCCACGGGCGCUUGGGCGGAGAGGUUCAAGGCGAUUGGGAUGACGCCGCCGUAUGCGUUUGCGUGUGUCAUGCGGUUCCUGCUGCGGUGGGUUGUUGUUGCUGAAUUUGGGUUUGUUGCGUUCCUUCUCCCUCUUGUUUCCCACUCUCUCCCCUCUGGCAUUUCUCCUCCCCACCCCCUUUCCCUCUCCCUCCCCUCACUCCCCCUCCCUCCCCACCCCCUUUCUCUCCUGCUGUUUCUCUCCCCUCACUUCCCACCCCGUCGUGUGCUCCUCUCUUCCUCGUUUGCACCUCGCCCCCCUCCCCCACACCCGUGA